AUGGGUUCCUCUCGGGCACCCCGGAUGGGGAGUGUGGGAGGGCACGGGCUGAUGGCAUUGCUGAUGGCCGGACUUAUUCUGCCAGGAAUCUUGGCUAAGAGCAUUGGAACCCUCUCUGACCCCUGUAAGGACCCCACGAGGAUCACCUCCCCGAAUGACCCUUGUCUCAUUGGAAAGACUGGCUCCAACAGCAUCAGCAGCCAAGGCGGAUCCAGCAGUUUCAGCAGCCAUGGUGGAUCCAGCAGCUCCCAGGGAGGUUCUUCAGGAUCCUUAAUAUAUAAACCAGGAACAGGGUAUUCCCAGAGUAGCUACUCUUUUGGCUCUGGCGGCUCCCAGUCAGGAGGCAGUGGCUCUCAGUCAGGAGGCAGUGGCUCUCAGUCAGGAGGCAGUGGCUCUCAGUCAGGAGGCAGUGGCUCUCAGUCAGGAGGCAGUGGCUCUCAGUCAGGAAGCAGCGGCUCCCAGUCAGGAAGCAGUGGCUCUCAGUCAGGAAGCAGCAGCUCCCAGUCAGGCAGCAGUGGCUCUCAGUCAGGAAGAUGGGUAAGCAGCAGUUCUCAAUGGGUAAGCAGCAGUUCUCAGUCCGGAAGUUCAGGAAGCAGUCGGGACAGACCCGGAAGUGGCUCUGCUCUGCCAACCGGAGACAAAACAUCAGGCACUUCUCAGUCUGGAGGCUCGUACACUUCCCAGAGCAGCAGCUCCAACCUGCGGCCCUGUAGUUCCAACUCGCCCGACUCUCCCUGCAGCGGGGGGCCUGUCAUCACACACAAAGGGCCCUACAUCUCUGGCACCCACACCGUAUCCGGUGGCCAGAGACCUGUAGUGGUGGUGGUGGAGCAACAUGGCUCUGGUGGCCCUGGGUUUCAAGGCAUGCCCUGUAGCAAUGGAGGCCCCUCAGGCAAGCCCUGCCCUCCCAUCACCUCUGUCCAGAAACCCUAUGGCGGCUAUGAGGUGGUGGGUGGCUCUGCCAACAGUUACCUGGUGCCAGGCAUGACCUACAGUGGGGGUAAAAUCUACCCCGUGGGCUACUUCACCAAGGACAACCCUAUCAGGGGCUCGCCAGGGGCCCCCUCCUUUGCAGCUGGGCCCCCAGUCUCUGAGGGCAAGUACUUCUCUAGCAACCCCAUCAUCCCCAGCUACAGCUCUUCCAGUUCCAGUGGCUACCCAGUGGGCGUUGUGUUCCAGCCCGUGGGCUCUGGCGGGGUUCAGCCCGUGGGCUCUGGCGGGGCUCAGCCCUGUGGCACUGGCUCUGUCAGCUCUAAGGGACCUUGCUCGGGUACGAGAAUUCAGAUCUCCUCCAGCAGCUCCAGUACCUCCUACCACCCCUGCAGCGGUGGUCUUUCCCAGGGGCCCUGCUCCUCACCAAGCACCGGCUCCAUCAGUGGGGGAAGCUCCUCUGGCCAAAUCGUCCUUCAGCCCUGCGGCGGCAAAUCUACCUCUUCCGGUUACCCCUGCCUUUCUGUUCCCUCUUCCACGUUGAAUGGGGGUCAGAAUGGCUCUCCUCAGCCUGUCCCCUCCGUGCGUGUCAAGAUCUGUGGCCUCAACAGCCCUGGAAGAGUGCCCUGCCGUUCCAUCCGCAACAUUCUGACCCAAAUGAAGCCUUUGGGGCCCCAGUUAAUGGAUCCCAAAAUUUCUCUGCCACAGGGAGAGCCACAGGGAGAGCCACAGGGAGAGCCACUUGAGAAGUCUUAAGUCACGCAUGUCAGCUAUUUUCCAAUUGCCAGACACUUCCCAACUAGAAGACGUCCAGGGGCCCAGUUUCUUGCCCUUCUCCCGAGAGAGCUGCCUCACGUGCUGCGGUUAGCCGGAUGAUGCUCUUGACUUUAUUCAACACUCCAAAUGGUAGACUCCAUCCUCCUCCUCCGCCUUUCCUGUUGCUUCUGCACCAUGCCACUGGAGUGUUCUCUCUGCCCGACUACCUGCCUUAAAACGCACUUUUUCAGGUUCUUGACUGAGAAGUCCUUGAACGCACACCUCAACCUUGGGUGCCCGGAAAGGUCAAGCCUGCCUCUCCCCAUUUGCCAAAUAAGGCAAAGUCCAAUCCAUCACUUGAGAACCAAACUGCACGUCUCCCGCCAUCCGUUCAGCCAGCCCUCUAAAUUGUUAGGUUCCCACCAUUCAUCAUGAGUCUCACCACACCCUACCAGACCCAUUCCCAGCACACCCGUGCCUCCCCCUCUCCAGCUCUCCAUGUCAGUUUCUGCCUGGUUGUGCUUCACCCAAAGCAAAGAUGUUACUCUGUGCGUGUGUACCCCAGGGCAUCUACAGAAUCUGGCACAGACUCCCAGCUCCCUCUGGAUCCUAGACAGGGCUCAAUAAACUUUGUGGACU